AUGGAACAAAACCUAGCAUCGUUAACACUCACAUCCCGCGGAUGCGGCACCAUGGGGGUCGCCAUCCUCUCCGGGAUCUCCUCCAACCUCAAUAGCCUCCGUCUCCCCGGUGCUUCCUGUACUAGGACACCGACCGCUACCCUCCUCCCUACGCGCUUCCACUAUGCCUCCAAAACCCCCACCUGCCUCCCCACGAGGUCCAUCGCCUGCAUCAAGCGUCCCAAGGCUGCUUGCCAAGUGGGCGAGGAGGAGGAUAUGUGCGAGGCAUUAGAGGGUAAGCUGCUGGCUAGGAUUCUUGCUGGGGUUGAGGUUUCUGCGCUGGAGGAGGUGGUGCCUGGUAUGAUAAUACUAGGGUGGUUAGGGCUAUGCCAAAUACUGGAGUAUGGUACCGCUUCAAAGGUACGAUUGUCACUUAUUACCCUUUGGAGGGGAGUUUCUUUUUUUUUCUGGGAGGGUCAGGGUAUCAAUGAGGGGUAUAUGCGCGAAAUCGUGAGCGUCAUCACGGCGAGGGGCCGCAGUCCCUCGGCUGGAAAGGAUCUAGUUUCCUGGAUACAGGUACUUUCGGCGAUCGGCUGCUCGUUGUUGCUCGGUUAG